AUGGCGUUGGUGAGGGAGCACGGUGGGUACGGUGGCUUCGACAGCGCCGAGGCGGCGGCCUUCGACGCGCUCGGCUACGGCUACGGCCACGGCGCGCUGCUGGGCUUUGACGCGUCGGCGGCGCUGUUCGGGGAAGGGGCAUCCGCUUAUGUGUCGGACGGCGGGGACGCCUGGACGGGCGCCGGGGCGUCGACUGUUCUGGCGUUCAACCGCGCCACGGCAGCAGCGGCGGCGGCUGUGGUUGAGGACGAGGAGGAGGAGAGCGACGCGUGGAUCGACGCCAUGGACCAGAGCUACGGCGCCGGCGCCACCGCGGCGCCAGAGGCGCGCCACGCGCUGACGGCCUCCGUGGGUUUUGACGCCUCCACAGGGUGCUUCACCCUGACGGAGAGGGCGUCGUCGUCCGGCGGAGCGGGGCGCCCGUUCGGGCUGCUGUUCCCGAGCGCGUCGUCGGGCGGGGGCGGCACGCCCGAGCGCACGACGGCGCCGGUGCGCGCCCCGCAGAAACGGACCUACGUGAGUGCGGAGCCGCAGGCCGUGAGCCCCAAGAAGCACUGCGGCGCGGGCAGGAUGGCGAGCAAGGCCAAGUCGGCGUCCACAACCCCAACCAAGGACCCCCAGAGCCUCGCGGCCAAGAAUCGGCGCGAGCGGAUCAGCGAGCGGCUGCGGACGCUGCAGGAGCUGGUGCCCAACGGCACCAAGGUCGACCUGGUCACCAUGCUCGAGAAGGCCAUCAGCUACGUCAAGUUCCUCCAGUUGCAAGUCAAGGUUCUUGCAACAGACGAAUUCUGGCCGGCGCAGGGAGGGAAGGCGCCGGAGAUCUCCCAAGUGAGGGAGGCGCUCGACGCCAUCUUGUCGUCGGCGUCGCAGAGGGGGCAGCUGAAUUAG